CGUCGCGUCAAAAUAAUUAUAUUUGACGAAAUUGAAAAUCGAUUUUUUACAGUAAAAUAUAAUAUAGUAGAUACAUUAGGUAUACCUACAUUUUUAAUAAAUUGUGGUCUAUACAACUCGGUAUUUAAGAAAAUUGAUAAUAUGACUUCUUCAUUUAAUAAAAUAAUCGUCCUUGUUGGAUUCAUUUCUCUGUUCCAUUCGGCAUUCUCUGCAGCCCAACAUCGAUCUUAUCUCCGGAUAACAUCCCAAGAAUUCACGACACUUCCUUUAGAUAUUGUGGUUCAAGCAAUUGUCAGCCUAUUUGCGGUCAUGUGGGGAGUGCUAAACAUCGCAGGGAACCUCCGUGAGAUCCAUGCAGCAGCAGAACUAAACCAGAUCACCUGGGAGACCCAGCGGAACCUACCUUCAUUUUAUAUAUUCAGUCAUCGUGGCAAGUUCAUAUCUGGAGCAGAGCCUUAUGAUUUUGGUAAAUUAAUAGAUGAUUGGGAUAGAAAAAAGAAAGCGCAAUAACAUAUUUCAGUAGUAUAACUUAUAAUUUGUAUCAUAGUGUAAGUAAUUACAGUUUAAUAAUGAUUCUUGAAAUAUAUAAAAUUUGCUUCCUUUUUUAUUGUGUAAAAUGAAAUAGUAAUAAAAUUACAUGAAAUACAAUGUGAUUUAAAAAUAUUUUCAAAGCACUGUAUUAUCUGUUAACUACAAAUGGUUGGAGGAAGUUCAUUUACUUUAGUAUGGUUCUUAGACUACCUAUGUUUAAUAAAAUGUAAUAUUAA